GUAGAUGGCGACAACAUAUCGUGCAACGGAGUCUGCGCCAGCGACCCACGUGUAGUCAUUUCCUGUAAGGGUGGUCUGAUCAACACACCGAAAGGUCUGUUUUGAAGUGUUUUAACGCUAUGGAAGAAUUACCUGCGGACGUCAAAGCCUUUCUUUGUAACCACCCUUUUCUUCAGCUUACAGAUGGCAAAAAGAUCAAAUGUACUCUGAAUGGCCACGAGUUGCCAUGCAACCUGACGGAGCUACAUAAUUUCACUAAAGGGAAGAAAUAUGAGAAACUGAGUGCAACAGCAGAGUUCAACUACAGCCAGUAUGAACCUCAUGUUGUACCAAGCACGAAACAACCCAAGCAGUUCUUCUGUAAGCUGACCCUCAGACACCUCAACCGGCAGCCUCAUCAUGUCCUAAAACAUGUCAACGGGAAACGCUACAAGAAAGCCCUCUCCAAAUAUGAAGAGUGUGUGAAGCAAAGCAUUGAGUUUGUUCCAGCCAGACUGAAACAGAAAAGGCCCAAAGACACCAGAGAAGAGGUCAAUCGGGGGAGGCCCUCAAAACAAGGGAGCACCUCGUGGGAACCCUCAUCCAGUGAAGAGGAUCACAGCGACUCAGAAGACAGCAUGAGUGACCUGUACCCUGUCAAGAUGUUCACUUUAAAAGAUGAGGCUCAGGAAAGUAUGGAGGGUGGUGGAAAUAAGGAGGAAGGCGACUUCAAGACUGAUGAAGAGGAGGAAAUGGAGGUGGAUAAGCAGGUGCCUCAGAAACGGAAGAAGGUACAAGGCGGUGGUUUUCAGAAGAAAUUCAGAAGUAAUCACUGGAAAUCAGGGCGUAAGAAACAAGUAAAAGUGCCAAAUGGAAAGUAAAAAGCAAAACCACUCUAAUACAGUAUUUUUAAAACCUGGUAAUUUGUCAGGGAGCAACACUGCACUUCUAGUUUGGAGUACAGGUCCAGUCUGAGCCAGCCUGACGUUUGUAUAGGUUAACAUCCGGUUGAUUUUUCAUAUUCUCAGCAUACGAAAGGUUGUCUGUUUGCCAAAUUGUGAUGUUGCAAAGUUCCAAAGAGGCUGGUUUAUGUGACAUAAUGUUGACUGGAUAAGUUGUAUUGUCUGGUUUGUUCAAGUGUGCUAGGAUAAAAUACAACUCGAUUUGGAUUUGGAAA